CUGCCAGUCGUUUACCAGGAGAACACCAGGAUCAGAUAAAGGUGUAUCCUGAAAGCCUCCAUGCCAUUGUGAUCUGCCAAGGAGGUGUAUUUCCAAUUCAGAUUAUACAGAGCUGUAGUGAAGCAGGCAAGGUCUUGCCUGUACCUCUUGUUACCCUCUACACCCAGCUAGCCCAUAUCCUGCAUCUUCCAACUGCAUCAACUGUUCAUGAUCCUUCCACAAUUUGUGGAUUUUCUGCUCUUAAUCGUAAAGCAUGGUACGCUGUCAGGGAGGAGAUCCUGAAAGCUGGUGGUGAAGCAGCAGGAUCACUUGGAGUGAUGGAGAGUGCCAUUGUGGCUCUAUCACUGGAAGAUUGCGCUGCACCAGUGGAUCUGGCAAAUACCCUCAAUGCAGUCCGUUUGGGAGGAGGGAACAGCCAGUGCCUGAGGUACUACGACAAGGUGGUAAACAUGGUGGUGUUCAAGGAUGGUGUAACUGGCAUGCUGUUUGAACACAGUGCCCUGGAUGGCAUGGUGGCUGGCCUCAUGGUUGGACGCGUAUGGAAAUUUUCAGAGUCCCUAACUGUAGAGCAUAUAGGGGGAUCAGAUAAUUCUGUUUCCCACCCAAAACCUCUUCAGUUCCCACUAGGAGGCAUUAAACUGCUAGAUCAAUCUCUUUACCCCCUUUCAGAAGCAAGUAACCCUAUUGUUACCUUUGAAGUUUCAUCUUACCCAGAUGUUUUCACCACUCUAAGGGAUCACAGAGGUUUAUAUGAUGCAUGGAUCAAUUUUGCAUUGCAGCUCUCUCUAAGGCAAACUCUUGGAGAAUCAGCUGACAAAUACAUUAUUGUGACCCCUACUCAUAUGCGACACUACAAACACGGUCGCUGUGAUCCGACAUAUUCAGUCACAAUGCUGUCUCGUCAGCUAGUUACAGUGCUGGGGUCUUGCAUCGGGCCAGACAAUAUCCCUCGCCAUACCAAAGAGCUCCUUCAACAAUUCCACUUAGCAUUCAUGGAGCACAAAAAACAUAUCAAAGCCACUAAAAGUGGUAGUGGUGUAGGGCCUCAUUUAGCUGUCUUGCGCAAUGGUAUGUCUCAAGAUAACCCGCUUAAGAAAUUUCUAGAUAUUUUUGGAUGCCCCUCCAUCUACCUGACUGGAUCAGAUCUGAUGGAUGGUGUUGAAUGUGCUGUUGGGAACGUUUAUGCAACAAAUCAGCUAGCUGUUACGUACCUCGGCAAGAAGGACAAGGUCCGUCUGGUGCUGAAUGCAAAGGGAACAUUUGCUGGGAUCUUAGGAAAACUCAAACAGUGUCUUGAACUAAACAUAAAUUUAGUGAUGCUUCUGGCAGUAAAGUAUGCAAUUGCCAGGCAGAUGGGAGCCAUUGAAUGCCUUCUGGGAACAGAGAAAGAAACAAAUGGUAUUGCAGCAGAUGAUUUCACAAAUGGAUGGAAUAAAGUGGUAGACAAACAGUCCCCAGACUCUACUCUCACAGGAAAGCCAGAUUUCACCCUGGUAAUUCAUGGUGGAGCAGGGGAGGAAAUGAUGUUGAGCAAUAAGGUGGUUGGGGUUAUUGAAUUUGCCCUUCAUACAGCCCUUACACUGGGAGUGCGAGUGCUAAGCCAUGGAGGCAGCAGUCUGGAUGCAGUGCAGCGAAGUGUUGCUGCUUUAGAAGACUGUUUCUUAUUUAAUGCAGGCAAGGGUUCUGCAUACAACCAAAAUGGCCAGCAUGAGAUGGAGGCUACUAUUGUGGAUGGACACAAAAAGAACUCUGGAUCAGUAGCUUGCUUGUACAAUGUAAAGAACCCAGUAAAAGCAGCCCGUCUUGUCAUGGAGAAGAGUGACCAUGCAUUACUAACAGGAGAUGGAGCUCAGGAGUUUUUGAAGGGUAUUUCAGAAAAAGAAAAGCCAAUGAAAACAGACUACUUUCACACUGAUAUCAGAUACAAAGAACUUGCAAUGAAACUCAGUGGAAAUACAAACAACCAUCCUCAAACUGUAGGUGCAGUUGCUCUGGAUUGUUGGGGCAAGCUAGCAGCAGCCACAUCCACAGGAGGGUUAUCAGGCAAGUGGAAAGGUAGAGUUGGAGACACAGCAAUUGUCGGGGCUGGGAUAUAUGCUGAUGAUAAACUAGCGGUGACAUGCUCUGGUGAUGGUGAUGCAUUCUUAUGUCAGACAGUUGCUCAUAAAGUAGCUAGUCUCUACAACCUCAAAGGGUACAAUCUAAGACAAGCCUGUCGAGAAGUGAUUUAUGAGGUUCUGGAUACAAAAUGUGCAGGAAUCAUUGCUGUUGAUCACAAAGGUGAAGCUGUAGUCGAAACAAAUGCUGGGGUAAUGUUUGUUGCAUCAAUGAACAGUGGUGUUGCUCGAGCUGAAGUUUUCAGACCCAUGAUGAACUUUGCAAAUGUGAUUUGGGAAACUGAUGAGCUCAUAGCUUAUUUGCAUGCUGAACCAUGGACCCCAGGAACAACCAUUCUCACUCGAAAGGCCUUAAAUGGACCAAGGAGCAUUUUUCAGUUAACUGUGCCUGACUAUGUGGCAAUGUUAUUAGGGGCACAAACAGUUGCUAACUUGCUUUGUGAGAAACUAGGAGUGUACCGCUGUGCCCUUGUGUUUAGACCCCAAAUAGACAAGCCUGCUCUUAUCAAAAUCCUACCUCUUUAUGGCCUAGAACCCAACUGGAAGGCUUACCUUGCCAGGGAAGAGGAAUUCCACAUACAUGACCCUGGUUAUUGCAGUUCAAAGAGUGGUCCACGUUGUGAGGAUGCAAUCCUUGACCAAGUCCAGGCAAAGAUCAGAGCUCAGCUCCCAACCCCCAAUGCUCCAUCUUACUGUGAUUUCCAUGGAGAUCCAUCUCACGGUGGACUUUUUUCACGCAUUGUGAGAGGGGAGGAACAACACUGGCGUGUCUGGGAAGAUGAUCAACAUGUAUCCUUUCUUACCCCAUUCCCUAAUGCACCUGGCCUUACUGUUGUGGUGCCAAGACGACCGCUAUCAAGUGACAUCUUCCGGCUAGACAAGAAUGACUACACAGCCCUCAUCUUGGCUGCACGGAAAGUAGCUCAACUUCUGGAAGAGGGAAUGGGUGCUACAGGUGUGGCCCUCAUAUUUGAGGGUUUGGAAAUCAACUAUGCUCAUGUCAAGUUAAUUCCAAUUGUCACAAAAUCAGGUGAAAUGCCUCCCACUGUGCCUCCUCAGUUCUGCCCAAUCUAUCCCGGAUAUGUCACAUCUGUCGAUGGUCCUCCAGCAAGUGCAGAUGCUCUUAAGGAGAUCCACACCAAAAUUACAAAGAUAACACCACCUCGCACUUGGGAAACACCUCAAAGCCACUCCAUAUUAGCCAUCAAGAGCCACUGGUACCGCAAUCUCUUUCAGAUCCAAAAUACUGUCUUCCACAGUACGGUUGAUUACUUCAGUAACAAAUGUAAGUACUCCUAUGCUCUGACACCAAUCACAACUGACACCAUUUCUUCACCAAUGGGCUUAGGAUCUGAUUCUGAGCCUGUAUUUGUCAAUAUGCUAGGCCAAGAUGUGUACUUGGCUGAUUCCAUGCAGUUUGUGCUAGAAUACUUCUUACGAUUUCAAGAGGGGCUUCCAGGUACCUACUAUGUGUCUCCCAGUUUUCGAGGAGAGGACCCUGAUGCUACUCAUCUGAAUCAGUUCUACCAUGUUGAGUGUGAGCUGCUUGGUGACAUGGAUGCAGCUAUAAGCAUAGCAGAAGGCUAUGUGGUCCAUUUGACUAAAGCAAUGUUAAAAAAUCACUCAAAGAUGAUCCUAAGUACAGCAGGCAGGCUGUCUCAUGCACAGGAUCUGGUGAAGAAGAUGGAGAAACCACUCCCAAGAGUGACUCUGGAGCAAGCCAUUCCAAUGAUGCCAUCUUCUGACUGUAUUGAAUGGGUACAAGAGGGGCAGUCUCAGUUUGGUAGAAAGCUUACUCGCAAAGGAGAAUUAGUCUUGAUUGAAAAGUAUGGUGGUGCUGUUUGGUUGACAGAAAUGGAUCACCUCAGUGUGCCCUUCUACCAAGCUUAUGUUGAAGGGUCUAGUGAAACCAAAGCAAAAGCAGCCGAUUUGCUCUUGGGGUUGGGGGAGACGGUAGGGCUUGGGGAACGACACUCCACCCCUGAGAUGGUACAAGAAGCCUUACGACACCAUGCUGUGCCAGAGGAAUCAUACAAAUGGUACAUCAAUAUGAGGAAAACCAUACCUUUGUUGACAAGUGGCUGGGGUAUGGGUACAGAAAGAUACCUGUGUUGGUUGCUCCAUCACAAUGAUGUUAGAGACAUGCAGAUCAUCCCCAGAAUGAAAGCCAAGAAAUACAUGCCUUAAACAAAAAAAUAUAUUAUUCAGUAAAUUGUAAAAAAUGCAUUUUAAUAGCAAGGCUUUGGUAUUUAGUUAUAAAGAAAUAUACAGUACUCUUGUAGCAGUUACACAAUUCCUCUUGUAUUUUAUUUGUUUUGAAAAGCAAUGGUAUUUCAUUUUACUAACGUACUUGAUUCAGUAAACACAGGAAAUUUCCAGAUAUUAAAAGAAGUUGAUUUUUUUUAAUGACCACCUAUAUAGAAUUAGAGAUUCAAAUCCUGUAAUGUCCUUUUGGAUGUCUUUUAGUUAUAGUGCAGUGAUGCUCUCGAUAAAAUAAAUCUUAUCUUUCUAUAAACAUGUGUAUCUCAGCUUGUACAUCUAAUCAUUCAAUAAAUCUCAAGCAAGUCAACACGGGCUUUUUGUACGCAGCCUGUGACUUCAUCAGGUAAUUUCAUUCCUUGACAUCUUUUUUUUUUUAAUUGUGCAAAAAUAUGAAUAAAACCAUUAC